UUUUCAGACAUCAAGAAGAAAAGCAAACGAGCCCGAAUCGAGGCGACAAAAAAGGAAAGAUUAUCAGUAAAAGAGAAAAUCGGAAGAGAAGCGUCGUCAAAGACGUAAAACGUCUCUUUCGAAACAAAGUGACGAUGGCGACGACGACGUUUUACACGAAACAACGAUGUAAUUGGAUAGAAGGAAGAGAUGCAAAAGUUGAUGAAGUUAUGAGAGAAUGGAUGCAUAAAUUCUGCACCUUUCAAGAUGUCAAAAUUUGUGUUUCAACAUUUAAUGUGAAUGGAAGAAGCCCAUUGUCAGUUUUCCCCACAUGGUUUUCUCAAAAACCCGAGGAUAUCGCAGAAUUUUAUGCUGUUGGUCUUCAAGAAAUGGAUCUUUCCGUUGGAACUUAUAUAAUUGACAAUACAAAGAAAAUGGAAGGAUGGGUUGAUGCGAUUCACUGUUCUUUACCAGGAGGACGAACGCAAUUCAAUGUGGUAGGAUCAAUGCGUCUCGUUGGAAUAUUUGUAAUCGUUUUUCAAGCGGUUAAUAGCAAAGUACGAGUCAGUGAUGUGAAUGUGAAAUAUGUUGCAACGGGAAUAUCAGUUCUAGUUAACAAAUUGGGUAAUAAAGGAGGAACAGCAGUUUCAAUGAAAAUGAAUGACACUUGGGUUUGCUUUGUGAAUGCUCAUUUCGCAGCUGGUAACAAUGAAUUAGAACGGAGAAAUCAAGAUUUUCGAGAUAUUUACAAUGAUAUGGUAUUUUAUCCGAGAAGUCAACAGGAAGGUUUGCGUGAUCGUCCUCUUGAAGUUCCAAUAAUGUGCCUCUAUGAUCAUGAUGUCGUUUUCUGGUUUGGAGACUUGAAUUAUCGAUUAAACACUGAUAUGUAUGGAAUUUCAAACGACGAAGUUCGACGAAUAGCUUCAAGUGAUAAAUUUGCUGAUUUGCUCCAACAUUGUCAGCUCCGCGAACAAAUGGCUCGUGGUACCGUUUUCAAAGAUUUCGAAGAACCAUCAACGUUACCAUUUCGACCAACUUAUAAAUACGAUUGUGGAACGAAUACAUGGGAUACAAGUGAAAAAGGAAGAGUUCCUGCAUGGACUGAUCGAAUUUUAACAUUUAAAAAGUAUCCACAAGUUGGAUUGGAAUCAAUCCGUCCUAUGGUGAGUAUUGAUACAAUCACAAUAUCCGAUCACAAGCCAGUACGAGCCAUGUUCAAUUUGAAAGUAAAGAAAAUCAAUGAAAGUGGAGCGAAUAAUGUAUACGAGGAGGCAAUACGAGAAGCUGAUCGACGAGCAAAUGAAGAAUUACCACAGGUUCAAUUAAGUCUAAAUGAAGUUGAUUUUGGAAUUGUCAAUUAUUUGGAACCUAAAACACGUAGUGUUAUUGUGCAGAAUGUUGGAAAAUCAAAGGUGCGCUUCUCAUUCAAAGUUCGUCCAAACGCUCGAAAUAAUCAAGAGAUUUGCGAGAAAUGGUUAAUGGUGACACCUACUCAUUACCAGAUACCACAAGGAUCUUCUAUGGAGAUCAGCUUAACGGUAUCAAUAAGCACGGAUAUUGUUCGACGAAUUCAAGAUUUGAUUCGAAAUGGGCAGCUCCAAGAAAUUCUUGUCUUACAUUUAGAAAAUGGACGUGAUUAUUUUAUUCCAAUCACAGCAGUUUAUAACAAUUCAUGCUUUGGAAGUACAUUGGAGAAACUUUUAUCAAUGAGACCAAAAAAAGAAGUUAAUCUCAUCGAUUUUGGAGAUUUCUCGGAAAAUUCACUUUCUGACAACUGUCCUCCAAAUGUUCCUCGAGUAAUUUAUCGGCUUGUGAUGGCUCUUCGAACACGUGGAGCAGUUCAGUUAAAUAUUGAAGAAGAACAGGACAAUGAGGUCUUUAAUAGAAUCAGAUCUGCACUUGAAUCUGGACAGCCCGACGAUUUGAGCCAACUUGCAUCUUCUUAUAUGUUGUACAGCGCAUUAAUACGAUUGCUCGACUCUCUGGAUGAGCCUAUAAUUUUGGAAGGAAUGUUCAAAAUCAUUCAUAAAGAAAUGAUAAAAUAUCGAACCGAUGCCAGACAAUUAUGGACCGUUGUUCGAUCAAGUCUUCCCAAACAGAAUCAAGCAGUUCUCGAAUUGAUAUGUCUGAUGCUCCGAGAGUUCUUUAGUCAGAAAUACGAAUUGAAAGAUCAAUUAUCACUUUGGGCAACUGUAUUAUUCCGGCACGAUAUUCAAGAUGAGAAAAUGCAUGGAAUGUUCUCAACUAUACUACAAACUAUAUGUGACUAUGCUCCUGAUGUUGCCUUAGGAUAAAAUUUUCUUACGGGGUUUAUCAGACUUUACAAAUCAUUUUUUAAAACUUUUCUAAACAAACGGGUGUCAUAUCGCAUUUUUCAGUUUUUUUCGUUAUUAACUUAAUUUUCUUGAUGUUUUAUUCUAAACUCUUCAAUUAGGCCAUUACAUUCAUUCUUGAUAUCCUGUUUAAUUUUAUUUGCCAUAUUGUAUAUUCUUAAUUAUUUUUGGUUGUUCCUUGUGAUAUUUCUAUUUGCCCCCUGUUUAAAACAAUUUUUCAUAGAUUUUGAGCUAAAAUCGUUUCGCAUAAGUUAUAAAUCUACCUCACGUUU